UGCUCGUACGCAAUCUCUGGAUAGGUGGUUGCCAUGGAUUCCUGGGUCACAUGCGUGGGUUUCCUAGCCAGAAGCAGCAGAAGAUGUUCGGACCAAAAAUCCAGAGCCAUUUUCAUUCAAGAAAAAGAGAGGAUCCGCUGUGGAGGGCUUGCUGAGCGGGUGGUCUGACUACACACCCGUCUGCUGAUUUCGGCAUCUUUAAAAAAAAAAAAGCCAACCAAAAAACACGACGGGAAGAAAACCUGAUCUGGGUGCUUUUGAAUCACUGAAAUUCGCAGCAAACCGGUUUUGUCCACAUCCAUAGACUGAUAACAGGAAUGAGUAUAGAAAUUCCUGAAGGACUGACGGAGCUGUUACAGAGCUUUACCGUGGAAGUGUUGAGGAAUCAGCCCAGGGACUUGCUCGAGUUUGCGCUACAGUAUUUCACCCAGCUUAAGGAGAACGAGACCAAAGAGGCCUCAUUUGGCAAUGACCAAAAUUCGGCCCCGAGACUUGGGAAAGCGGUCAAUUUCAUUGACGAAGCCAUGCAGAUCGAUUCGGAAAACGGAGAGGAGGACGACGACGAUGACGAGGAAUUCAUAGCCCCUGUGAUAAACAGAUUCAUCCGAAGAGCAUCAGUGUGUGCUGAAGCAUUCAAUCCUGAUGAAGAUGAUGAGGAUAAAGAGCCAAGGGUCACUCACCCCAAAACUGACGAGCAGAGACAGAGACUACAGGAAGCAUGUAGGGACAUUCUUCUGUUCAAGAAUUUGGAUCCAGAAGAGAUGUCUCAGGUGCUGGAUGCCAUGUUCGAGAAGUUCUGCACGGAAGGGGAACAUAUCAUUGAUCAAGAUGAUGACGGGGACAACUUCUACGUUAUCGAAAGUGGCACGUUUAACAUUUUCGUGAAGGUUGAUGGCACGGAAAAGUUGGUGGGCUGCUAUGACAACCGAGGCAGCUUUGGAGAACUGGCGCUGAUGUACAACACCCCCAGGGCGGCCACAAUAAUCGCCACUUCACCUGGAGCCCUUUGGUGCCUAGAUCGUCUGACAUUCAGGAGGAUCAUAGUGAAAAACAAUGCCAAGAAGAGGAAGCUGUAUGAGGCAUUCAUUGAAACUCUACCCCUGCUUACAUCUUUAGAGGUGUCAGAGAGAAUGAAGGUAGUUGACGUGCUAUCCACCAGGGUGUACAGCGACUCGCAGCAGAUCAUUGCUCAGGGUGAUUUAGCGGAUUGCUUCUACAUUGUCGAAUCUGGCCAGGUUAGAAUCACUAUGAAGAGAAGUCGGACAAAAACAGACCAAGAAGAAGAGGAGGUGGACAUCGCUACAUGCUCCAGGGGCCAGUAUUUUGGGGAGCUUGCUCUCGUCACAAACAAACCCAGAGCUGCAUCUGCCUAUGCUGUGGGGAGUGUCAAAUGCUUGGUCAUGGAUGUUCAAGCCUUUGAGAGAUUGCUAGGCCCAUGCAUGGACAUCAUGAAGAGAAACAUUGCUAACUAUGAGGAGCAGCUGGUGACCCUGUUUGGAAGUAGCCCUGAAAUUGAGCAACAGACUGCAUGAAGCGACUGCAGUGGACUGUAAAUGGGUGGAUGGAAAAAGGCUUGUAACCACUUAAACAGAUUUUCUUACAAGAAAUGUGAAUAUCCACCUACAUAAACCAUUUGAGCGUCAGAUAUAUAAAACACACGUUGUCGGAAGGUUAUGGCUGAAAAGUAAAGCCAAAGCAGAGUUGCUUAAAGCUUGUUUAAAUUACAUUUUCCACAACACUCACCUUACAAAAAAAAAAAAAAAAUGUAAGUGUGCAUUUUACUUGUCGGUGUUGGGUGCAUUACUUGUUUGUAAUUUGAGCAUUUUUUUUUUAACUUUCACAUUUUCUCCACAGUGUUAUAGCCACACGUACAACAUUAUAUAUAUCGUUUGUAAAUUUCUAAACAUUGCGUGUCAAAGUCAAAAGCCAAAGCUGAUUUCUUACUGGAUAAGUGCGAGCAAACGUCACAUGUACAAAAGGGCCCAAACCUGAGAAAGGGUAAACGGUUUGUAAAGGAUAAAAUCUUUGACAUUUUGAUUAUGAAAAAACAAAAAAACUUGGCAGUAUCCUAAAAUUUCUACAAAAAUACAUUCCUGUUUAGCAUAAGAUGGAGUCCCUGGAAUACAUGCUCAUAAACCACGUAUCACUGUUGCUAAGUGUUUGUGGCAGUUAGCUGAGUACUAUGCUCUUUCUUUUUUCAAAAAAGCAAAGUUCAGAGAAAUAGCUGAUAGUUUUGUAACAACACACAACACAUUGCUGUAUAAUUUUAAAACGGAGUAUUUACUGUUAUUAUAAUAGGCCCACUUUAAACUUCAUAAGUUGCCCAACAAGACAGUAGUCAUUACAGGCAACAUCUUAAGGCAACUCAUUUUUCUGUGUUUCAAUGUAAAAUUUAGGUAAUACUGUUUUUGCAUAGGUGAAACAUACAUUAUUAUGACAUCCAUAUUUGCUGUCUACCUCUGCCAACAACUUCUACAGUUUUACGCUCAACAGGAAUCUAAAGUGGGUCCUCUCUCUUACUACUUCUCUCUUUUUAAAGUAACUGAGGUCUUCUGUAUUUUGUCUGCAGCUUACAUGGUUUAACUGGUUAAACAUGCAGAUUUUAUCCCCCACCCUUCCCCGUAGGACUGGUCAUUUUUGAAGGCAUACCCACAAUACUGGCUAAAAGUACUGUAUGUUUCACUUUUCAUGUCA